AUGGACUCUCUGAAUGAGAAAUUGAACCGACAGUCGGAGGAGUUGACCGAAGCACGAGCUCAACUCAGAGGUUAUUCUGGAGACCUUGGUUUAUCACUCGCUAACUCUGAAGUCAUUCGACUAGAACUGCUGUCAAAGAAUGGAGUGGAGCACUCAGCACUUGUGGAAGUCUUCAAUGUUCCCGAAUUCGCUCGCAUAUUAAUUUGUGAUCUGAAGCCUCGACUUGCACAUCUUUUGAUGAAGGCUUUUCCGGCUUAUUUGAUUCUGGCCGCAUUCCGGUACUAUGAUCAUAUGCAAGACGAAGCUGCUCUUACAGGACUCUUCACUACUUUACAUAUCAUGUUGAAGGAUAUGCGUUCACAUGAUUUGGAUGUUCUGUCGCUGUGGCUGGUGAACACAUGGCGUCUAUUCAAUCUCCUUCGACAGUACAGUGGAGAGAAAGCUGAACCAGAAUGGACAGCAGCAAACACGGUGGUGCAGAACAAGCAUCGACUGCAGUCAUUCGACAUCACCCCCAUCAGGGACCAAUUGCGGUUACGAGUCGAGGAGUGCUACCAGAACCUAAUGAAGCGUGCUAUCGAGCCAGUUCUUAGUCCGAAAAUUGUGCCCGGAAUACUCCAGCACGAAACUGCCAGUGAUGUAAUGGGCGGAGUGGCUGGAGGUCAGCAGACCAGUCGUGAGACGAGCCGUGGAGCCUCUAAAAGGGGACUGGAUGACUUACUGAACUUCGUUCACGCGAAGUUGACGGUCUACGGUGCAGAUCAGUUGCUGCUUGGUCAAGUUUUUGGACAAAUUACUAAUUGGAUCUGUGCGCUGGCACUCAACCAUUUAAUGUUCAGAAAGGAAUUGUGUAAUUUCGAAAAGGCUGUUCAAAUUAAGCAUAAUGUCACCGAGAUUCAGUCAUGGUUAUCAUCGAAAGGUCUCGGAGCAUUUCGAGAAGCGUUAGAUCCACUUGUUCAAGCGUGCCAUUUACUACAAAGUCGAAAAGAUGAGUCGAACAUUGAUACGCUAUGUGGAGAAAUGACAAGUAAAUUGAAGCCUCGACAGAUCGUUGCCAUUCUACAACACUACGCACCAUCGGACGAUUUCGAAGAGCGGGACGUUGAUGCCGAACUGCUCGCCAUGGUGCAGCGACGAUUGAAUGAACGUGCUGUUGCUAAUGGAGAGACUGUCGAAGAUCAGAAUACGUUGAUUGUGAUGGGUACUUAUCUACAGCCGCUUAAUUGUCAACCCUUCGUGCAUUCUGAUUUUCCACUAGAGACACUUUCACUUCCGACCUGUCUCCAUCUUCAACAAGUCUGUCGCCUGCUGUAG